AUGCAGGACUCCGAUACAGGCAAGAGGAAAACCUAUCGCUUCUCUAAGAGUCGAAUAGUUUGCGUCAAACGACACCAACAGUCGUUUCUGUGCUCAGAAUGUGGGAAAAGCUUUAGUAGUCACAGUAAUUGCCAACGACACCAGCAGAAACAUGGAAGAACACUUAGUAACCACAGUUCCACGGGACUGGUGCCAUACGAGUUCUUGGACUGUAGGAACUCUUCUAACCAAGAGAGUUCCCUUGAGUCGGAGCGGCUCGCUCACACCGAACCCGGAGAGAAACCGUAUCCCUGCUCCGACUGUGGCAAGAGCUUCCGGGACCAGAGCAACCUCGUCAAACACCAGAGCGUCCACUCUGGAGUCAAACCGUACACCUGCUCAGAGUGCGGGAAAAGUUUUUCCAAGCUGUGUACUCUCCAGCGACACCGGCACAUCCACACCGGCGAGAAACCGUAUCCCUGCUCUGACUGCGGCAAGAGCUUCUGGGACCGGAGCAACCUCACCAAACACCAGCACGUCCACUCCGGAUCCAAACCGUACACCUGCUCCGACUGCGGCCAGAGCUUCAACCUCCAGAGCAACCUCCAGCGACACCAGCGCGUCCACACUGGAGAGAAACCGUAUCACUGCGCCGAUUGUGGGAGGAGCUUCAGUCAACAGGGCAGUCUCCUCACGCACCGGCGCAUUCACACCGGGGAGAAGCCGUACUACUGCACCGAGUGCGGCAAGAGCUUCACCCACCACACCAACCUCCAGCAGCACGGGCGCAUCCACACCGGAGACAAGCCUCACCGCUGCACCGACUGCGGCAAGAGCUUCCGAGAGCGGGGAACCCUGAAGAAAGACCAGCGCAUCCACACUGGCUCCAAACCCUACGACUGCACAGACUGUGGGCGGAGCUUCAAUCAGCAGAGUAGUCACCGUCGACACCUUCAGACCCAUACGAGACUCAAGCCAUACUGCUGUUUAGAGUGUGGGAGGAGCUUCACACUUCCGAGUUCUCUCCAAUCCCACGAACGCUAUGCCUCCCGGUCAGGAGGUCAUCGGUUCAAGACCGAUCAGGAACUCCAGAUCACGGUUGAGGACAAGGUUCAGGAAGACCUGCGGGCAGACCCCGAGGACGAGGGGAUGUCAGAGGGAGACCCAAGAACGGGGGUGGAAAUGAUCCGGACUCCCCCUGGGGCCUCCAGAGAGAAGAAAGCAGGGGCUGUCUCCAGCUUCAUCAUCCAACCUCAACCCAUCACCACCUGA